AUGUCUGCACUGAAAGAGUAUUUGGAAAAAAAAAUUGCCAUAAUUACAACUGACGGUAGACUACUAGUGGGAAAACUGGAAGGCUUUGACCAGGCCACAAAUUUAAUUAUUUCAUCGACGCAUGAGCGUAUAAUUACUUCCGAGGAGGAAAACGAACCUUCUUCUACAGUAUCUCUGGGACUUUAUCUUUUAAAGGGUAAUAACGUAGCUACUGUAGGUCUACUGGAUGAAGAAGUUGACGCGGCAAUUGACUGGGAAAAGGUUCAUGGGAAACCUCUUAAAGAGGCUACAAUUUCGACAUGA